GCUCGUUUUCUCCCUUUAAAUUUUUCGUCUGGCUACUCCGGCUAAUUUUUUUUCUCUUUUAAAAGGUAGUGGGGGAAGAUUCCAGAGUUUUCUUGUGAUUCCAUAGAACUUCCAAAAUUUUGUUUUUAUUAUACAGCGGUAAAUAUAAGAACGGCUGAUUAAUCAAAGUAUAUGUGCGACCAUUCGAUUCUUAUCUUUCUCAUUUGUUGCAAUAGUAAAAAGCAACUAUAAAAAAAAUAAUAAUAACACGUCCCAAGCGAUCGCCCAUCUAACAAAGUCCUAACCUGCAAUAACCAGUGAGGGAAUUCGAAUGUAUCCGUGUAUGUGUGUGUCAUACGUCAUACGGGUAUCAUCAUCCUGAAAUCGAAGCUGUUUGAGGUUGUGUGCGUCGUAAAUAUCUAGGUCUCUCUCGCAGCUGUCUGUGUUUUGACGGAGAAGGUUGCGUCGACGUAUUUCUAUUAACGCGCGAAUACGUCGUGUUACAUAACGGAGGAUCUCGCUGUGACAGUCUAAGCAAGAGCGUACACCACUGUAAUUUGUUCGCUGCUGUUCGCUGGGGUUAGAAAGUUUCGGUCAUGGCAUACCCGUUUGUUGAUGUCACCAAAUCGUCCGACACGCGAACGUUAAUUGAUUAAUUGGCUCCGGCACACGGACGAGAAGUUGGCGCCUGAUUUCAGCUUGUCCGACAGCUUUUGCAAGCUUUUGCCUAUUUUCCUCCCCGCGAUUGUACUUAGUCUUAUCCGUUCCUUCACAAGAGCACGAUGUACGGCUCCACCGAUCCGGGAUCGGGCGCGGUAAAUCCGGAGGUGCAACGAUGGUUCUCCACGGUGGACAAGGACGGAAGUGGACGGAUAACGGCUACGGAAUUGCAGGCGGCGUUGGCCAACGGUCAAGGGGGUACCUUCUCCGACACAGCGUGCAAGCUGAUGAUCGGUAUGUUCGAUAAGGAGAAGAACGGCACUAUAAACGCGACGGAAUUUCAAGCUCUUUACAAUUACAUAAAUUCCUGGCUCGGCGUAUUUCGUGGCUUCGACCACGAUAAGUCCGGCAGUAUACAGGAGGACGAAUUGAACGCGGCGCUGACACAAAUGGGCUACCGGCUCAGUCCGGAGUUUAUUAAAUUCCUCAUAAAAAAGAGCGAUCUUCGUGGUCAUCAGUCCAUUACGGUCGACCAAUUUAUAGUACUGUGCGUUCAAAUACAGAGGUUCACAGAAGCGUUUAGAGCAAAGGACACGGAUCAAACUGGAUCGAUCACCAUUGGAUUUGAAGAUUUUCUGGGAGUAGCUCUUAAUUGUAGUAUAUAAAAUCUUAAUGAUAAUACAGUUAAAUUACAGUUUAUACUGUAUGCCGAGAAAUAAGUAUUGUUUAAAGUUACGCUGCAAGUUCUAUUUUUCUAUCUUAGGGGAUAAAGUAAAACGAUAGAUUCACGCGUUAGGCGUCUUAGACUUAAGAAAUCUAUUUGUAUUUGGGAAUUUAUAUAUAGCAUUUUCUUUACCACUCAGGUUUUAUUUAUGCUUGAUUAUUUACAAUAUCUUUAAGUAAGAUAAGAUUAUUGAUAAGUAUAAGAAGCACUAAAAUUAUGCUUCCAAUUCCGCUGAUGUAUCAACCUCAAAUGACAACAAAACGGAUUUUACUUUUACAUUCACGUUAACGAAGCGUUUAAAUAAAAAUGAAUAAAUCACA